GAUUACUGAUCGAUAAAGGUAUAAGCCUUCCUACUGCCUUAGCCGCUUCAUAAGAAAUAGGAAGAAGAGGAGAUGCUGAAGAGCAAGUGUGGGAGCGUGCCUUCAGAGAUCUUCGCACUUGAAGCCCCUCUCAGCAGAGAUGGUUGAGCCCUCGUCCAGGUUGCUGUGGUCCUCUCCUAAAAUCCAGACUCGCUCACUCCUCUGCUCUCAGCUGACACAGCGCGGCGGGCGGCUCUGUCUGCUGCUUCUCCUCUGAGGAGAGAGAAUCCACUUCCACCGGCCGACAGGACGAGAAAAAGCAGGCUGCGCUCCGGCUUACAUGCUGUAGCUGAGAACAUGAAGGGGAUUUACAGGGACGGGUACUACGGUGGAUCUAUUGAGCUGCGGGACGUUUUCAACAGGAGAUGCGUUAAAUGUGGCCGGGGGCACUUUGUUCAAGCCAAAACGAUGGGGAUUAGGACCGGAGUUGUUUUCUGGAAUCUCGUCUUUUCUCUGAUGUUCACUUGUGUGAAAGGUUUUAUCCAUACUUGUGGAGGCACACUAAAGGGGUGGAAUGGGACUAUAGAAAGCCCCGGAUUUCCUUAUGGAUAUCCUAAUGGAGCGAACUGUACCUGGGUGAUUGUCGCCGAGAAGGGGAACAGGAUUCAUAUAGUUUUUCAAUCUUUCGCCGUGGAGGAGGAAUAUGACUUUUUAUCUUUGUAUGAUGGGCAUCCGCAGCCGGCUAACUUCAGAACGAGGUUAACAGGAUUUACCAUCCCUCCACCUGUUACCAGUUCUGAUUCCAUUUUUUCAUUGAGGCUUACCAGUGACUUUGCAGUAAGCGCUCAUGGAUUUAAGGUGGCUUAUGAAGAGUUGCGAAGCAGCUCAUGUGGAAACCCAGGAGUUCCCCCAAAAGGGAUACGCAAUGGUACUCAGUUCAACGUUGGCGACAAGAUCCGCUACCGAUGUGUCACAGGCUACGUCCUGGACGGACAUUCACUUCUCACCUGCGUAACCAGCACAGCUGGAGUGUCAGUGUGGGAUUUUCCAGUGCCAAUCUGCAGAGCCGAGGAUACGUGUGGUGGCACCCUUAGGGGCUCCAGUGGGCUCAUCUCCAGCUUUGAUCUUCCCAGCGGUGACUCCCCUGGCACGGCCGGAGGGGGUGGUGCUGGAGGCCUGGGCAGCAGCAGGGAAUGUAAGUGGACCAUACUGGCUGAUCCAGGCGACACCAUCUCUCUGGUGUUCACAGAAUUUCAGAUGGAGGAGAAGUCGGAUUAUCUGGAAAUAGAAGGCUCCAAACAGCCAACCAUCUGGCUGACUGGAAAGAAUAUUCCAGCUUCCGUCAUCAGCAACAAAAACUGGCUGCGGCUGCACUUUGUAACAGAGAGCAACCACCGCCAUCGAGGCUUCAGGGCUCAGUAUCAAGUGAAAAGCUCUGGAGAGCUUAAAUCCAGAGGGGUAAAAGUAUUACCAGGAAAGGACAACACUAACAAACUGUCUUUGAUGAAUGAAGGGGGAAUCAAACAAGUGUCUAAUUACUGUCCUGACCCCGGGGAGCCGGAGAAUGGCAAACGGAUUGGUUCUGACUUCAGCAUCGGAGCAACUGCUCAAUUUACCUGUGACGACGACCAUGUGCUGCAGGGUUCUAAAACGAUUACCUGCCAGCGCGUAGCUGAAGUCUUUGCUGCGUGGAGCGACCACAGGCCCGUCUGCAAGGUGAAAACAUGUGGGUCGAAUCUGCAGGGGCCGUCUGGGACAUUUACAUCACCGAAUUUCCCCAUCCAAUAUGAGAGCAACUCCCAGUGUGUGUGGAUCAUCACUGCCAGCGAUCCAAACAAGGUGAUACAGAUCAACUUUGAAGAGUUUGACUUAGAAAUUGGUUAUGAUUCACUAACCAUCGGCGAUGGAGGAGAAGUUGGAGAUUCUAAAACUAUAAUUCAAAUGCUGAGUGGGAGCUUUGUCCCUGACCUGAUAGUAAGUAUGUCCCAUCAGAUGUGGCUCCAUCUCCAAUCUGAUGAGAGUGUGGGCUCAAUAGGUUUCAAGAUCAACUACAAAGAGAUUGACAAAGAUAGUUGUGGUGAUCCCGGUACACCUCUAUAUGGCUACAAAGAGGGCAAUGGAUUUUUAAAUGGGGAUGUUCUUCGCUUCAAAUGCCAGUUUGGAUUUGAGCUCAUUGGGGAGAGGAUGAUUACUUGCCAAAACAACAAUCAGUGGUCAGCUAAUAUCCCCAUCUGCAUAUUUCCCUGUUUCUCCAAUUUCACCGCGCCCAUGGGGACAGUACUGUCCCCUGAUUACCCAGAGGGCUACGGGAACAACCUUAACUGUGUGUGGCUGAUUAUCUCUGAACCUGGCUCGAGGAUUCACUUGGCCUUUAAUGACUUUGACCUGGAGCCUCCCUACGACUUCCUCACAAUCAAAGAUGGGGAUCAGUCAGAAGCAACGAUGCUGGGACGUUUUUCAGGGGCUGAAGUUCCUUCACACCUGACAUCCAACAGCAACAUUUUGCAGCUGGAGUUUCAGGCUGAUCAUUCAAUGUCAGGAAGAGGCUUCAACAUCACCUACAGCACUUUUGGGCAUAAUGAGUGCCCUGACCCUGGCAUACCUCUAAAUGGAAGGCGCUUUGGGGACGAUUUCCAGCUGGGUAACUCCAUCUCUGUGGUUUGUGAGGAAGGUUUCAUCAAAACACAGGGAGCUGACACCAUCACAUGCCAACUAGAAGACGGGAACGUAAUGUGGAGCGGACCAAUUCCCAAAUGUGAAGCUCCUUGUGGGGGUCACUACUCAGGGCCAUCUGGUGUCAUUCUCUCUCCGGGGUGGCCGGGCUACUACAAAGAUUCUCUGAGUUGUGAGUGGGUCAUUGAGGCCGAGGCAGGACGCUCUAUCAAGAUUAGCUUUGACAGGUUUCAAACUGAGCUAAGUUAUGAUUUUCUGGAAGUGCACGAUGGUCCAAACCUGCUUUCUCCUUUGAUUGGCUCGUUCAAUGGAACCCAGGUCCCUCAGUUCCUGUUUAGCAGCAGCAACUUCCUAUAUCUGCUUUUUACAACUGACAACAGUCGAUCAAACAGUGGCUUCAAGAUCUUCUAUGAAGUGGUAACACUGGACACUUACUCCUGCAUGGAUCCUGGCAUCCCGGUGAACGGUUUGCGGUUAAGCCAUGACUUGUCCAUUGGCUCGACCGUGUCCUUCCAGUGUGACCCUGGAUACAGACUGAGCCAUGAAGAACCACUUGUUUGUGAGAAGAAUCACUUCUGGAGCCAUUCACUGCCUACUUGCGAUGCAUCAUGUGGUGGGGAUAUCAGAGGGCCUGCUGGGAUCAUCCUGUCACCUGGCUACCCAGAGCUCUAUCCUAACUCUCUCAAUUGCACAUGGACUGUUGAAGUCAGUCAUGGGAAAGGUGUCCAGUUCACUUUUCACUCCUUCCACUUGGAGGAUCACCAUGACUACCUUCUGAUAACAGAAAAUGGCAGCUUCGCUCAGCCUCUAGCCCGACUCACUGGCUCAGAAAGACCUGCACCGGUUAAUGCUGGCCUGUAUGGGAACUUCAAGGCCCAGCUACGCUUCAUUUCUGACUUCUCCAUAUCUCUGCAGGGGUUCAACAUCUCUUUCUCGGAAUAUAAUCUUGAGCCUUGUCAGGAUCCUGGAACGCCUCAGUUUGGCUGGCACACAGGCUCCAGAUUUGGCAUCGGCGACUCGCUGUUGUUCUACUGCAACACAGGCUAUCGCCUGCAGGGGGCAAAGGAGAUCGUGUGCUUGGGGGGUGGCCGCCACAUGUGGAGUGCCCCUCUGCCAAGGUGUGUGGCGGAGUGUGGAUCCACUGUCUCCAACAAUGAGGGAGUUCUUUUGUCGCCAAACUAUCCAAUGAACUAUGACAACGGCCAUGAAUGCGUGUACAGUAUUCAAGUCCAAACAGGAAAAGGCAUCAACAUCACUGCCAGCACCUUUCAGCUCGCACAAGGUGACAUUCUUAAGCUUUACGAUGGUAAGGAUGGAACGGCUCCCCUCCUUGGGACUUACACAGGCACACUGAUGCAAGGCCUGUCCCUGACCAGCACUUCCAACUAUUUGUGGCUUGAAUUCAACUCAGACCUUGAGUCAACGGCAGCAGGAUUCCACCUCGUAUACCACAGUUUUGAGCUUUCGCAUUGUGAUGACCCAGGAGUGCCUCAGUUUGGCUUUAAAACUAGUGACCAUGGCCAUUUUGCUGGAAGUGACAUCUCAUUUGGUUGUGAACAAGGCUACACUCUGCAUGGCAGUGCCACACUCAAAUGCAUGACUGGAGAGAGAAGAGCAUGGGACAACAAUCUCCCGUCAUGCAUAGCGGAGUGUGGUGGUAGCUUCAAGGGAGAAUCUACAGGGCGAAUCCUGUCUCCGGGGUAUCCAUUUCCCUAUGACAAUAAUCUAAGGUGCACCUGGACAAUUGAAGUCAGCCCUGGCAACAUUGUCAGUCUCCAGUUUCUUGCGUUCGACACAGAGGCGUCUCAUGACAUUCUGAAAGUCUGGGAUGGGCCUCCUGAGAAUGAGAUGUCUCUGAAGGAGGUCAGCGGUUCACUGCUGCCUGAAGGAAUUCACUCCACUCUCAACAUUGUCACCAUUCAGUUUGAGACGGACUUUUACAUCACCAAAUCUGGUUUUGCUAUUGACUUCUCAAGUUCACUGGCAACUGCCUGCAGAGAUCCAGGUAUUCCCAUGAAUGGCAGUCGCAAUGGAGAAGGGCGGGAGCCUGGCGACUCCGUGACCUUCUCUUGUGAUCCGGGAUAUGAAUUGCAGGGAGAGAGCAGAAUCACCUGCAUCCAAGUGGAAAAUAGAUACUACUGGCAGCCCAGCCCUCCAAGCUGCAUCGCCCCAUGUGGUGGGAAUGUGACCGGGUCUUCUGGAUUUAUCCUGUCUCCAAACUAUCCACACCCGUACCCACACAGUAAAGACUGUGACUGGCUGAUUGCAGUUCACUCCGACUACGUGAUUUCUCUGGCCUUCAUCAGUUUCAGCAUUGAACCCAACUAUGACUUUUUGUACAUAUAUGAUGGGCCGGAUAGCAGCUCUCACCUGAUUGGCAGUUUCCAAGACAGUAAACUUCCAGAGAAGAUUGAGAGCACCUCCAACUUCAUGUACUUGGCAUUUCGAAGCGAUGGCACUGUGAGCUACACUGGCUUUCACUUGGAAUACAAAGCAAAACUGCGGGAGGCUUGUUUUGAUCCUGGGAAUGUAAUGAACGGCACUAGAAUGGGUGCAGACUACAAGCUGGGAUCUAUGGUGACAUUUCAUUGUGAGGCUGGGUACCUGCUUCAGGGCCACUCCACACUCACAUGUGUCAUGGGCAACAGCAAGAGACCAGAAUGGGACCGAGCCAAACCUACCUGUCAAGCUCCCUGCGGAGGUCACUUUACUGGUUUAGAGGGAACUGUUCUCUCCCCAAACUACCCACAUAAUUACACUAGAGGUCAGAGCUGUGUCUAUGACAUCUUUGUCCCGGGAGACUUCGUGCUGUUUGGUCAGUUUGUGGUGUUUCAGACUUUGCCCACUGACGUGAUCGAAAUCUAUGAUGGACCUUCUACAGAUUCAGCCCUUCUCUCGUCCAUAUAUGGAUCUCACUCAGGCGAGACGCUUCCUUUAAGUUCAGGAAACAAGAUAACACUCAAGUUUACUGCAAAUGGAACAGACACAGCCAAAGGAUUUCAUUUUGUUUACCAAGCUGUACCUCGGACCAGCGCCACUCAGUGUAGCUCAGUCCCUGAGCCCCGAUUUGGGAAGAGGACAGGGAACGACUUUGGCAUCGGCAUGGUGGUGCUCUUUGAAUGCAAUCCAGGCUACACGCUGCACGGCUCCAACGCCAUCAGGUGCGAGGCCGUGCCCAAUGCCCUGGCCCAGUGGAAUGGCACUGUGCCCACGUGUGCUGUUCCCUGUGGUGGAGUGUUAACUGAACGUCGUGGCACCAUCCUCUCUCCCGGAUACCCUGAGACAUACUCAAAUUAUCUGAACUGUGCUUGGAGAAUAUCUGUUCCUGAAGGAGCUGGCAUACAAAUCCAGGUUGUAACCUUUGCCACGGAACAUAACUGGGACUCACUGGACUUUUUUGAUGGCGUGGAUGGCAAUGCUCCAAGGCUUGGGAGCUACUCGGGCACAACAAUCCCCCAACUGCUGAACAGUACCUCCAACAACCUGUACUUGACCUUCCAGUCUGACAUCAGUGUAUCUGCUGCUGGUUUCCAUUUGGAAUACACAGCAAUAGGUUUGGAUUCGUGCCCAGAGCCGGCACCUCCCAGUAACGGCCAAAAAGUCGGGGAUCGCUACACUGUGGGUGACAUGGUCUCCUUCCAGUGUGACCAAGGCUUUUCUUUGCAGGGUAAUGCAUAUGUUACUUGCAUGCCUGGCCCCGUCAGGAGAUGGAAUUACCCCGUACCUCUGUGUAUAGCCCAGUGCGGAGGCUCCAUGACAGACUUCAGCGGCGUCAUUCUCAGUCCAGGCUUUCCAGGGAAUUACCAGAGCAGCCUGGACUGCACCUGGAGAGUUCAACUCCCCAUUGGCUUCGGGAUCCACCUGCAGUUUCUGAACUUCUCCACAGAGCCUGUUCAUGACUAUUUGGAGGUGCGCAGUGGGACUCUGGAGACAGGGACAGUGAUAGAUCGAUUCAGUGGCCCUGUGGUGCCCAAUUCUCUCUUUAGCACCACGCACGAGACCACACUCUUCUUUCAUAGUGACUAUUCCCAGAACAAGCCUGGUUUCCACAUUGUCUACCAGGCAUACGAGCUGCAGAGAUGUCCCGACCCACGUCCAUUUCGGAAUGGCAUAGUGAUCGGUCAGGACUACAGUGUGGGGAUGACCAUUUCCUUUGAGUGUCUGCCAGGUUACACUCUGAUCGGAGAGGCCUCUCUCACAUGUUUGCAUGGAGUCAGCAGAAACUGGAAUCACCCCAUACCCCGCUGUGAAGCUCUCUGUGGUGGGAAUAUAACAUCCUUGAAUGGUACAAUUUACUCCCCUGGACACCCUGCCGAGUACCCACACUUCCAGGACUGCACAUGGACUGUCAGAGUACCUCCAGGAUAUGGAAUCUACAUAAAUUUCUCUGUUAUCAAUACAGAGCCCAUCUAUGACUACAUCACAGUUUGGGAUGGACCCGACCAAACUUCGCCUCAAAUUGGCCAGUUCAGUGGCACGUCAUUGCAGGAAGGUGUGUCCACCACAGCUAAUCAGGUCCUCAUCAAGUUUCACAGCGACUUCAGCACCAGCGGCUUCUUCGAGCUCCAUUAUUAUGCUUACCAGCUGAGAACUUGUCAGCCACCCCCUCCCGUCGCCAACGCCACUAUCCUAACCGAUGAUGACGAGUUUGAAAUAGGAGACAUUAUCCGGUACUCUUGCCAGCCAGGCUUCACCUUGGUGGGCAGCGAGAUUCUGACCUGCCGACUUGGAGAGAGGCUACAGAUGGAUGGACCGCCACCAGUCUGUCAAGUGCAAUGUCCAGCAUAUGAGGUCCGCUUCGACUCAACGGGGGAGAUCUUAAGUCCUGGUUACCCUGAAAACUACUCCAAUCUUCAGACGUGCUCCUGGCUAAUCAAUGUAGAGAAGGGCUACAACAUAACUCUGAACUUUGAACUAUUUGAGACUGAAAAAGAGUUUGAUAUCUUGGAAAUAUUCGAUGGUCCCAACAUCUAUAGUCAGAGCCUUUCAACACUCAGCGGCGACAUAGAAACGCCGUUCAAUCUGACAACCACUGGCCACCAGCUGCUACUGCGCUGGUCCACUGACCACGCCACCAACCGUCGCGGCUUCCACAUCAGAUAUGUGGGUGAGUAUCAAACAAUGUAUUGCAGUACCCCAGACUCCCCACACCACGGCUCUGUAGUAAGACAAACUGGGGGUCAUCUGAACAGCAUGGUGACAUGGGCUUGUGACAGGGGGUACAAGCUGAUUGGGAAAAGCACAGCUGAAUGCAAGAAGACCUCCUAUGGCUACUACGCCUGGGAUGCACCAGUCCCUGCAUGUCAAGCUGUGUCAUGCGGCGUGCCCAGUGCGCCAGUGAACGGAGGUGUGCUUGCUGCUGAUUACUCUGUCGGCACACGGGUGACCUACUUCUGCAACAGUGGCUAUCGGCUGUCCUCCAAAGAACUGACGACCACAGUCUGCCAGCCAGACGGCACCUGGAGCAAUCACAACAAGAUACCCCGAUGCAUCGUAAUGACGUGCCCCAGUCUUAGUUCCUUCUCCCUGGACCACGGGAGAUGGAGGAUAGUCAACGGUUCACACUAUGAAUACGGAACUAAAAUAAUCUUCACCUGCAACCCUGGGUACUAUCGGGUCGGCCCCGCCCACAUCCAGUGUCUGUCCAGUGGAGCUUGGAGCUGGAGAAAUGAGAGACCUCGGUGUAGAAUUAUUUCCUGUGGCGAUCUUCCUACUCCUCCUAAUGGGAAGAAAAUCGGAACGCAGACUACCUUUGGAGCAUCAGCUAUUUUCAGCUGUAACCUUGGCUAUGUUUCAACUGGAUCUACAGUUAGAGAGUGUCUUCUGUCUGGCCUUUGGAGUGGGAUGGACUCUCAGUGUCUAGCUGGUCACUGUGGCAUCCCAGAGCAGAUUGUGAACGGCCAGGUUAUUGGGGAAAACUUUGGCUACAGAGACACAGUGGUUUACCAAUGCAACCCCGGGUUCAGGCUUAUUGGCUCCUCUGUUCGCAUCUGUCAGCAGGAUCACAACUGGUCUGGACAUCUCCCAGUUUGUAUAUCUGUCACUUGCGGCCACCCUGGCAGCCCUAUUUAUGGCCGCACCACAGGCGAUGGCUUCAACUACAAUGAUGUUGUGCGCUUCGCCUGCAACAAAGGCUACACCCUGGAGGGACCCUCUACAGCUCAAUGCCAGGCAAACCGCCAGUGGAGCCAUCAACCUCCGACAUGCAGAGUGGUUAACUGCACAGAUCCAGGCAUUCCUGCUAACUCUAUCCGAGAGAGUAAAAUUGAACAUGGGAACUUCACAUUUGGCAGCGUCGUGUUCUAUGACUGCAACCCCGGAUAUUACCUGUUCGGUUCAUCCGUGCUCACCUGCCAGCCAAUGGGCCACUGGGACAAACCUCUCCCAGAAUGCAUUGAGGUUGAUUGUGGGCACCCAGGCACGCCGCCCCACGCGGUGAUCACUGGAGAGAAGUUUACGUUUGGCUCCAGAGUGCGCUACUCCUGUCGCGACGACCGUCAGCUCAUCGGAGAUUCAUCGCUUACCUGCCAACUGAACGGACACUGGAGCGGCCCGCUGCCCCACUGCUCAGGUGACUCUUCAGGCACCUGUGGGGACCCUGGCACACCUGCCCAUGCCAGCAGAGAGGCGGGGAACUUCAAAGUGCGCAGCAAGGUGCGCUUCACCUGUGCAGUGGGACACACGCUGUACGGCUCAGCAGAGAGGAUCUGUUUCCCCAAUGGGACGUGGUCUGGCAAACAGCCAUUCUGCAAGCCGGUACAGUGUGCAAAUCCGGGCACCCCACCUCAUGGCCACAUUUCCCGUGUGGACGGCACGACUUUCUCCCACUCCAUUGUGUAUUCCUGUAUGGAAGGAUUUUUCUUGACAGGAUCACCCACUCGCCAAUGCCUGGCAAAUGGCACCUGGUCUGGCACAGCUCCAAACUGUACAAUGAUCACCUGCAGCGACCCUGGCAUCCCAGCAAAUGGGCUACGAUUUGGUGACGAUGUCACAGUGGGUCAGAAUGUGACGUUCUCAUGCCAGCCAGGAUUUGUGAUCAUGGGAGGGGAAAGUGCCAUCUUUAGGACUUGCACCAACAAUGGGACCUGGAGCGGAACAAUGCCAUCAUGCCAAGUGGUGACCUGUCCUACCCCACCGUCCAUCCCCAACGGGCUGCUGGAGGGCUCCGUCCUGGAAUGGGGGGCCAGUGUAAGCUAUGGCUGCCUACCUGGGUAUGAACUCUCCUUCCCUGCUGUGCUUACCUGCACAGGAAAUGGCACGUGGAGCGGAGACCUGCCUCAGUGCUUGCCCAAGUUCUGCGGAGAUCCUGGCGUGCCUUCCAGAGGACGGCGAGAAGGACGCAGCUUCAUAUUCAAGUCUGAGGUGACGUUCAGUUGCAGCGCCCCCUAUGUGCUUGUUGGAGCGACAACACGCAUUUGCCAGGAGGAUGGUGCUUGGAGUGAUUCUCAGCCUCGGUGUAUAGAGCCUACAAGAAGCACAUGUGAAAAUCCAGGAAUACCUGAGCAUGGCUUCAUGAAUUACUCUACAGGUUUCAAGGUGGGGAGCAGAGUAGACUUCCAGUGCCAACAGGGACACAUACUGCAAGGCUCCACAACAAGGCUGUGUUUGCCGGAUCUUACCUGGACCGGGAUCCAACCUACCUGUGUCCCUCACUCCUGCAAGCAGCCAAGGAGCCCAGCCAACGCUGACGUUAUGGGUCUAGACCUGCCCUCCUACGGUUACACCCUGGUGUACACCUGUCAGCCAGGUUAUUUCCUCUCCGGGGGUUCAGAGCACCGUGUCUGCCGCUCUGACGGCAGCUGGACGGGCAAGGUGCCUGUGUGCAGAGUUGGAUCUAAAUCCCAAGAGAAAAUAGUCAAACCCGUGCCAGGGACACCAAGCCCUAAGAUGAAGGUUCCAGACGAUGCGUUUGCCCCGGAUUUCGUCUGGAAGGGUUCCUACGAUUACAAGGGGCAGAAACAGCCAAUGAGUUUGACAGUCACCAGCUUUAAUGUUACCACUGGAAAAGUCAAUGUAACUUUAACAGACAGUAGCACAGAGUUCCUGCUCUCUGGUGUGUACAAACGCCAGGAGGCACGGUUAACUCUCUUGCUGUAUCAGAUGAGAGCACUGACCUACAGCUCUUUGGGCAGGAUUACGGAUGAGUCCUGGGCAAUGGAUGGAUUUGUUUCGGCUGAGCCUGAGGGUGGCAGCUACGUGUUUCAGGGCUUCAUACAGGGUAAAGACUACGGACAGUUUGGACUUCAACGACUUGGUUUAACUCUGAGAGAGAACGUUACGCUUGCGGACCCGGAGACCAUCGGCUCCACCAACAGCAGUUCUGUUGCGGUCGCUAUCCUCGUGCCUUUCUUUGCUCUCAUCUUCGCAGGCCUCGGCUUUUAUCUUUACAAGCAGAGGAAAACAGAUAAAGCUCAGUACACGGGAUGCUCCGUCCACGAGAACAAUAACGGACAAGCCACAUUUGAGAACCCCAUGUACAACACAAACACGAAAGCUGCGGAGGGGAAAGUCGUCCGCUUCGAUCCCAAUCUCAACACCAUCUGCACCAUGGUUUGAUGUCUGCUAACGCAUAGAGAUGGGUGGAGAAUGAAUCCUAGAAUUGUUUCUUUCCUCUUCGUCAUUGAACAAUAUACACAGAAAACGCUUUUUUCUCCGUUUUCUGUUGGCACGCAGCAAAAGCAAGAAAAUUGCUCAGCUGCAUAAAGCACAGCUUCAGCUUCAAUUAAAGUAGCUGAUAGCAUUCAUAAGAAGGAAGAACAGUAGGUUUCCUACCUUUUCAGAUCUUGUCUUUUUGCACUCUGUGAGUGUUAACUCCUUGAAUAAAAGAGCUUCUGGCAUAAAGAUAAAGCAAGUAUUUUCUGCUCAGUUGUAUAAAUAUAGAGUCGUUAUUUCACAA